AUGUCAGAAGUCAAGGAAGCGCCCCCUACUACCCCAAUCACCAAGCAACCAGUCCCUCAGUCCCAACCCGUCGAUUCUCCCGCCUACAAGCAAAUCACCGCUGUGACGGGAACAGAGAAAUGGACCAACGGUCUCUUCGAUUGCUUCACGGGAGAUGAUAACCUCUGUCUCAAAGGCUUCUGCUGCCCCUGCUUCGUCUUCGGCAAAACCCAAGCCCGCAUCCGCGAUCCGUCCCUCGCAUCAUACGAGCGCGUCAACAACGACUGUCUGCUCUGGUGCGGUGCGAAUUGCUGUCAAGCGUCGUGGAUAACAACAGCUGACUGGCAUCGCUUGCGGGUACAUAGUCUCACAUUCCUCAAACGCUCCGAGAUCCGCUCCGCGUACAACAUCCAAGGAGACCACAUGAUCGAUUGUCUCUCCAGCGCUUUCUGCCACUGCUGCGCGCUGAUCCAGCAGGAGAAAGAGGUCAUUAGGAAGAACGCUCUGCGGGCGUCGGAUCAGGAUAAGGGCUACCAGGCCCCAGUGGGUAUGAGUAUGAAUGUGGGUGCUGAACCUGGACCUGGACCUGGACCUGGACAGUAA